AUGGAAUCAGACUGGCAGGAGGUUUGCGUUCUCAAUUGCCUUCAUGCGCCGUCACGGAAGAGUAACUGUGCGUGAUGAAUUUAGGUAGUGCGUAUGCCGGCGGUGCCUCCGUCGCAGGUUGUGGGGUAUACUACUGUUCCACCCACAUUGGCAUUUGACACCAACCAAGAGCUUUUAUGGGUCGGGAGCGAGCAUGUAAGCUCGAAUGUUUCUUCGCGGGUCUCCGUAGCUUGGAUCCUAGCUCACAUAGUCGUCUUGCUGCUAUAGGGUCGAGUUAUUUCUUACUUUAGUCCCGAGCUUCGAAAAUAUACCAGUUACCGUGGCCAUGACCACCCCUUACUUCCGGGAGAUGAUGCUGUGCGGAAUAUUCAAGUGAAUGAUCGAGGUGUUAUAUCUUUGGCAGCAAGGAGCUUGCACUUUUCUAUCAGAAGGGGGCUGGCUCAAUGGAAUAUAGCGUACGUAGCUCGAGAUUAAGAAUUGGUUCUGAGACUAACAUCGAGCUCUCCAUUGUGCCCCAUUCUCCGAGUCUAGACAUGAAGGUUUUCGCAAUUUGUCCGGUUUUGCGUACACGAAUCGAGGCACCUCCGAGAUCUUGGUUGGUGGUGGUCAGAGCUCAAUGUUCACGGUGAAUGUGGACCGAGGAACUGUGAUAGGAGAGGUAUUUAUCUAGCGGCUCUCAGACGGUGCCGGGGAACUACUGUGGUAAACUGAUUCGGGGGAUAGUAUUCCACAGAGGAUGACAUAAAGGUUAUGAAGAGGAAUCCUAGAGCCAUAGUGUACGGGACGGGAAAGGGUGAUGUAAAAUUGUUGGAUAUGAACACUUUCAAGGUGGUCAGAGAGUUCCCACAGGCACAUGGGAGCACAAUUUCAGAUCUAGAUACUCAGGGAAACACAAUCUUGACAUGCGGCUACUCGCCUAGGUUCUUGAUCCUCCCACGAUCGCCUACCAUGAGAGGAACGAAUUGUGGCUAACCGCAAGGAAGCAGACAGGGAACAUAUCACCUUGACACCCUCGUCAAAGUCUAUGACCUUCGGACGAACAGAGCACUCGCCCCGGUCGGCUUUCCUUCUGGUGCUGCCUUCGUUCGAAUGCACCCUAAACUCUCGGCUGCCGCAAUUGUUGCUUCACAAGCUGGCCAGGUUCAGGUGGUUGACAUUGAGAACCCCGCAGCAAUAAAGCUCUACCAUGCGAACGUAACGAGCUACAUUACUGCCAUGGAGCUGGCUCCUAGUGGGGAUGCCUUGGCUCUGAUGGAUGCGGAUGGCUAUCUCCAACUCUGGGGCUCUCCGGAUAAGCUCAGGUUCACCGAACUCAUGAAUCCAGUGGAGUGGCCGGAGCCCCCUGUACUUCCUAAUGUUACUAUUAAGGACGAUACGUUAGCAUCCAUAUUUUUUUCAGAGCCGUAUACUGGAAUCUGCUAACUAUUUACCCUUUCGAAGCCCUCUAAACACUAUCGGCAUGCCUUACUAUCGCGAUGUGCUUUUGUCUGCAUGGCCUCCACAUGAGGUCUUCAGUGUGAACAAAAUGCCUCAGAAGAUCGAUGCAGACAUCUUGGCGGCCUCUGCCACGAAGACCGGAUAUGCCCCGUAUCACAGGAGAACUCCCCGAUAUUGCAUAGAAAGGACCAAGCAUACCGACCCCACCGGAGCAGUUCCAAAAUUCCUAAGUCAACAAGCAAAAAGCAAAGGUUCCCGGAACUCUGGCGAUUUUGACGAUGGAAGGCUGCUCUAUGGGGACGAGGCCAGGAGGCAGUUUGAGGUCCCACCGGUGUUUAGAAAAGUUGAAAUUAAGUAUAGUAAAUUUGGUGUUGACGACUUCGACUUCGAGCAAGUUACCCUUUAUAACGGACAGAGCAUGAUUUUCCGUGAGAGUGGCACUAACGGGGUAUUAGAUUUUAUAACAAGACUAAAUUUUCAGGACUCGAGACUCACAUAUCGAACUCGUACAUGAAUCCUUUAUUGCAGAUGUAUAAAUUCACACCUUUGCUUCGGAACUUAGCGCUCCAUCACACGGCUACGGCAUGCACGAAAGAUGAUUGUAUCCUAUGUCAAAUGGGCUUCUUAUUUGACAUGCUGGAUAAAGCCAAUGGCCAAAACUGCCAAGCUACAAAUUUUCUCAAAACGUUCAGCUCUCUUCCUACUGCCGAUAGGCACGGUGUUUUGGAAGAGGAUUCAUCUAGCGGUGAGCUCUUGAGCUCCAUGAUACAAAGCCUCAACCGAUUCCUACUGGAUCAGAUAUCCCUGGACCAGAGAACCUGGCGAAAUGAUUCGAGGGCACUUGAGGAGGCGAUUACAAUUGGAGCCACUAAAAGCCAACGCUGCAAUAUCUGCGGCAAAGAGUCACGUCCUCUAGGUGACACAAAUGUUACAGAUAUAAUAUACCCCGCAAAGUAUAACAAGCCUGUUCAGACCUUUUCCGCCCUAAUAAAGCAAAGCAUACAGAUGGACACAGUUCAGAAAGGAUGGUGUGACAAGUGCCAGCGCUACCAGCAACAAGCAAUGAGGAAAUUGGUGAGAAGACUGCCAAAGAUCAUGAUAUUUAAUGCUACUACAAACGAGAAAAGCCUGACAUGUGUUCGAGCACAUUGGUCAACCCCUGGAUGGCUACCCGAUGAGAUUGGUGUAGUUGUCACCAAUGGCCAAUUAAGUGUGUUUCAAGGCGAAGACCUGAGGAUCAUGAAAGAAAGGAGCCAAGACUUGGUGAUAUUUGACCUGGUGGGUUUCGUGGCAGAGAUAAAACCAGAGGAGAAGAGAAAUACACACUUAAUAUCUUUCGUUAAUGGUAUGCUCUCCCUUUCGAUUUCUUGAGAGUGAGCUAACCGGGAUCAGUUGCCUUCUCGUCGACCGACAGGACUCAAGAGAGUAAUUGGCAUAUAUUUAAUGACUUUCUCGUCACGCCCGUAGGGAAAGAGGACGCGCUUGACUUCGCACCAAAGUGGAAGAUGCCCUCCAUUAUAUGUUUCCAGGCCAGAGAUCCUUGCAAUACCAUUGACAACUCUUGGAGAAACUAUCUAGAUACCAGCCUGUUAUAUAUCGGCUACUCCUUUGGGUAUGACUUUUCAGAGCCCGAGAGGGUGAGAUUGUGUGAGGUAGAGCUGACGGGAUUGUGCCAACGCAGAAGGUCUCUAAGUGAACCUAGAUGCAAAUCUUUAGAACAGUACGAAGAGCCUAAACCAGGGACGCUAGUCGCCUUAGAUGCCGAGUUUGUAUCCAUGCAAAAUGAGGAAACGGAGGUAAAAGCCGAUGGUUCAAGGUCUGUAGUGAGGCCAAGUAGGCUAGGCCUGGCUAGAGUAUCCGUGCUUAGAGGGGAGGGUGCGAGUGAGGGUGUAGCAUUCCUGGAUGAUUACAUUAUCACGAGAGAACCAGUUGUUGACUUUUUAACCGAGUUUUCUGGAAUUCAUGCGGGCGAUUUGGAUCCGAGCACUUCAAAACAUGCUUUGGUUCCGCUGAAGGUUGCGUAUAAGAGACUUUGGCUAUUACUUAAUUUGGGCUGUGUAUUUGUGGGGCACGGCCUAUUGAAGGAUUUCAGGAUUAUAAGUAUGCUGAGCUUAGAGACAUGUACGGAGGUCAAUGCUAACACACGGGUCUCAGAUAUACAUGUUCCAAAAGAACAGGUAGUUGAUACGGUUGAUUUGUUUGUCUUGCGGAGCUCACAGAGGUAGCCAACACCGGCCUUGAACCUACACACUUCUAACAAUGUUGCAUAGGAAAUUGUCUCUGCGUUUCCUUGCAUGGGUAGUUCUGAGGGAAGGGAUCCAACUUGACACCCACGACUCAAUCGAAGACUCGUACACUGCGCUCCGACUGUACAAAAAGUACCUCGAAUACAGCGACGCCGGCGUCUUAGAAUCUAUGUUAAACAACAUUGAGAUAGAGGGAGUGAAGACCGGUUUCAAGCCACCGCCAAGGGGGCUCCUGGCGGAACAUAGAACAGACACGCCUCCCAUAGUGUGGGAGGGGCGAUCAGAGGCGAAUACGCCGCAACCUAGGGGGGUGGGUUCCGAGGUGGCUUGGAGUUUAAAUGUGAUGUAAUUCGGCUACGGCUCUGCGCUCUUUAUUGGUGUUUUUGUUGCUUUUUAUAAUAUUAAUACACCCAGAACGCUUUUCCACAGUG